CCCUUCUGAGCCAAAUGUCUACUCUUCAUUUUAGUUCAAGUACGUUGGAAGAGGAUCUCUCUGCAGUGCGAACUUCAAGCCUGAUCAACUGCAUUCUUAAUGCCAUUUGUUCAUUCCCAGCAACGUUAGGAAACGGAGUCAUACUGAUCGCUGUUUGGCGGACGCCAGCUCUCCAUUCGCCUUCAAACACUUUGCUAUUUGGUCUUGCACUGACCGACUUCCUCGUUGGCAUACUGACUCAGCCCUUAAUAGUGGCCUGCUCUAUCAUCUUCCUUGUCGAAAAGGAAGAAGGUCCAAUCGCUCUCUCACUGGCGUUUGAUGUGCUUUCUGUUGUAUUAUCUGCGGCGUCUUUUACGAUAGCAACUGCUAUAAGUAUAGAUAGGUACCUGGCGUUUCACCUGCAUAUGAGAUAUCAAGCCAUUGUCACUAACAAAAAAAUCGUGGUGAUCAUCGCUUUAUGUUGGUGUUCAUCCUCUCUUUUGGGAGUCAUUUGGACCCAAAAUACUACAGCUUAUUAUGUAAUUGGAAUAACAAGCUUCGUCAUCUCCAUUGUUAUUAUAGUUCUAAUGUACUUUAAAAUCUAUCGCGUUGUGAGACGUCACCAGGCCCAAAUACAAUCUCAAGCUCCUGUUGGAAGCGCAAAAGAAACUUCAUCGCAUUUGCAGUUCGCACGUUUCACAAAGUCAGCUGUGAAUACGUUUUACGUUUGCUUCAUUCUCUUCUUUUGCUUUUUCCCAUAUUUUUGUACAGCUGGCUUGAUUCAAGUGACAGGUUCAAGCCCCACCAAAAAUAUCGCACUGCAAUACACAGGAACCAUAGCGUUUAUAAACUCGUCGUUGAACCCCAUAGUCUACUUUUGGCGGCUUCCUGAAAUUCGUAAGGCGAUAAAGAAAACUUUAAAGUGUUGUUACCACAGACGUGUAAACAAGCGACAAGAAAGCAAAGAAGAGUGAUCAGGCUUCCAACAGAUAGAGAAUUCAGCACGCUCGGAUUUUAAACAAAGAUCUUCCAUCAUGAUUGUCCGAAUGCGAAUUUUGUCUUCUAAGGCUGAAUAAUGUGGUUGUGCAUACAUUAUACUAAAGAUUAGCUUCUUUCAUGAUAUUUUAGUGACCGACGAUUGAGUUUGUUGUUUAGUGAAUAUCUUCAGUCCAAAUUUUAGACCGUACAGGGAACAUGCAGCAAACAGGAAGCGAGAGGAAUAUAGGAACAUUAACGCUAAUUUAGCAAAAUAGAUCUUUUAUCUUCUGAAAUAUAUCUUCCAUCCUUCUUACGUUUAUUAACGACUAAUUUAUUCAAAUACGCUUAAAUACCCGCCAGCAACUUCCUAUUACAGUGACCUUAUCAGCCAAAGUUUUGAUGAUCGCGGAAGUUCUGCUGACAAUGACGAAAGCCAUCUUUUAAAGAAAAAGUGCAACCCUGUUGAAGAACCGGGAUUGUGACGUUGUUUUUAAAAAUGUUUUAUGUCAUAAUGCUCCGAAGUUCGUCAAUAUGUCACUUGUUUUAAUUACCCCUCAAAAAAUUUAAUUUUAUAAAACGCGCAUUAUGAACCCUUCUUUAAUUUCAGCAGAAUCAGUGUAAGAAUUUUGAGAGGUGUUGUGUUAAAGGUAAAGUAUCCACAGAAAAACAAAGCAUUACACAUUUUAAACGAAGCACUGAAGUAAGCAGCUUUACGUCAGAAAGUUCUAAAAGAUUUUUAUGUAGUAAGUAGCGAUA